AUCUGGCCACGUGGUCCCAUGAUAGAGGUCUGAUUUUGAAGACGCGAAAGAAUAUCUAUGCCAGGAGAAGCGAUAUGUUUGGCGAAGUUGUACGCGUGGCAUCCGUGAAAAAUUCGCCGCUAAUCUCAUUGAAGAACGGUACGCUCGGCGGGUUUUUUGGUCUGAUGCUGAUAGAGCUCAGUAAAACGAUGAACUUCACUAUAGAGAUUCUGGAUCAAGUGGAUGUAUCCGGUAGCUGGAGCGAGCAGCAGAAAAUUUGGACAGGAGCGGUCGGCCAGUUGGUGGCCAAUGAAGCCGACAUUGGUGUCUCCGGAUUCACGAUGGUGACCACCAGAUGGAACGCAAUUGAUUAUACGAUACCAUUAAUACGCUCGCAAUAUCACCUCUAUUUUAAGGAGUCCAGCGGGCCCAACGUGCAAUGGAACUUAUACUUAAGGAGAAUGGAUUAGCCAGCAUAACUAAAAGAUAUAGCCAUGACAACUAAUGUGUGUCUUUAAAAGAGGGACAGCUAAUAUCGUUACUGCCAAAGCUAAAAUUAGUUAUUAAAAUUUAGAUGCUAC